UAAACAGAUCCGUAGCAAGCCUGAGAACUUCGGGGUAAUUUGGAAUCUUCUGCAGGGAGGGGCACUUCACUUCCCGUAUUUUUCGAAUGGAUACCAGACCUCACCAGACCAGAGGGAGAAAUGACACAGACUUGACGGGCAGUUUUUGCCUUAACUGAAGAGAGGGAGCUCUGAUUAAAUUACCAGCUGGUCAGGUAACCAUGGCGACGAGGGGCCAUUCCUCCUGCUCCUCCAUGAGUAACCACACCAAGGAGAGGGUGACCAUGGCUAAGGUGACCCUGGAGAACUUCUACAGCAACCUGAUCGCCCAGCACCAAGAGAGGGAGAUGAGGCAGCAGAAGCUGGAGAGGGUGAUGGAUGAAGAAGGACUGCCAGAUGAAGAGAAGCGUAUGAGGAGGUCUCAGCACGCUCGUAAAGAAACAGAGUUCCUCCGACUGAAGAGAACCAGGCUGGGCCUGGACGACUUUGAGUCCCUCAAGGUGAUUGGUCGAGGAGCAUUCGGAGAGGUGCGUCUCGUCCAGAAGAAAGACACCGGUCACGUUUACGCCAUGAAGAUCCUGCGCAAGGCUGACAUGCUGGAGAAAGAGCAGGUGGGCCACAUCAAGGCCGAGAGAGACAUCCUGGUUCAGGCAGAUACCCUGUGGGUGGUGAAGAUGUUUUACAGCUUCCAAGACAAGCUCAACCUGUAUUUACUCAUGGAGUUCCUCCCUGGAGGUGACAUGAUGACGUUGCUGAUGAAGAAGGACACCCUGACCGAAGAGGAGACUCAGUUCUACAUAGCAGAGACUGUCCUGGCCAUCGAUUCCAUCCACCAAAUGGGCUUCAUCCACAGGGACGUCAAACCUGACAACGUUCUGCUGGACUCCAAGGGCCACGUGAAGCUGUCAGACUUCGGCUUGUGCACAGGACUGAAGAAGGCCCAUCGAACAGAGUUCUACAGGAACCUCAACCACAGCCUGUCCAACGACCUCAACUCUCAGAACAUGAACUCCAAGAGGAAAGCAGAGACCUGGAAGAGGAACAGGCGGCAGCUGGCUUUCUCCACAGUGGGAACACCAGACUACAUUGCACCUGAAGUAUUCAUGCAGACAGGAUACAACAAGCUCUGUGACUGGUGGAGCCUAGGGGUUAUCAUGUAUGAGAUGCUGAUUGGCUAUCCUCCAUUUUGUUCGGAGACACCUCAGGAGACGUAUAAGAAGGUGAUGAACUGGAAGGAGACUCUUGUCUUUCCACCCGAGGUGCCCAUUUCAGAGAGAGCUAAAGACCUCAUCCUCAGGUUCUGCUGUGAGGGUGACCAUCGGAUAGGUGCGUCAGGAGUGGAGGAGAUCAAGAGGAACCACUUCUUCGAGGGAGUGGAUUAUGACCACAUCAGGGAGAGACCUGCAGCGAUCCCCAUAGAGAUUAAAAGCAUCGACGACACGUCAAACUUCGACGAGUUUCCAGAGUCAGACAUUCUCCAACCCUCCGUGCCAGCAGCAGCCAGCAGCCAUGUGGAGGUAGACUACAAGAACAAGGACUGGGUCUUCAUCAACUACACCUACAAGCGCUUUGAGGGCCUCACAGCCAGAGGAGCCAUUCCUUCCUACAUGAAAGGAGGCAAGAGAUGAGCUCUGAAUUCCCAGACCCACAGCUCUGCACCAGUACAGGUCCUAGUACAGACCCACAGCUCUGCACCAGUACAGGUCCUAGUACAGACCCACAGCUCUGCACCAGUACAGGUCCUAGUACAGACCCACAGCUCUGCACCAGUACAGGUCCUAGUACAGGCCCACAGCUCUUCCCUAGUACAGACUCUAGUACAGACCCACAGCUCUUCUCUAGUACAGACCCUAGUACAGACCCACAGCUCUGCUCUAGUACAGACCCUAGUACAGACCCACAGCUCUUCUCUAGUACAGACCCUAGUACAGACCCACAGCUCUGCUCUAGUACAGACCCUAGUACCGAUCCUAAUACAGACCAUAGUACAGAUCCUAGUACAGACCCUAGUACAGACCCACAGCUCUGCUCUAAUACAGACCCUAGUACCGAUCCUAAUACAGACCCUAGUACAGAUCCUAGUACAGACCCUAGUACAGAUCCUAAUACAGACCCUAGUACAGACCCUAGUACCGAUCCUAGUACAGACCCUAGUACAGAUCCUAAUACAGACCCUAGUACAGACCCUAGUACCGAUCCUAGUACAGACCCUAGUACAGACCCCAGUACAGUUCCAUAGCUCUGCUCUAGUAGACCCUGGGACAGACGUACUACAGCUCUGCCCUAGUACAGACCCACAGCCCUUCCCUAGAACAGAUCCUAGUACAAAUCCUAGUACAGACCGUAGUACAUACCCACAGCUCUGCCCUAGUACAGAUCCUAGUACAGACCCCUAGAACUGUGGGAGAUGAAGCUCAGAAGGCCUUUCUAGAAAAACUGGAUGCGUAGUUCUGGGCUCCUGAUUCAGUAUCGAUGGAGCUUCUGAAAAAAGUUUUAUUUUUUGAAAGCUCUAAAGAGUCAGUUCCAACCUAUUUUUAUUCAAAACUGUAUACCACUGUGUAUUAAAAUACUAUAGAUGUUAAAUACAUUUAAAGAUUUGUUGUUCAAUGCUAAGCAUAUGUCACCUAUAUUUCCAUAUGAAAACACUUCCUGCAUUGGGAUGUUAUCUGAACCUAAAAAGUGUCCUUACUUCAUCAUGAUAUACUUAGCCAAGAAUAUUGCCUGUGUCUGACAGUGCUUUUUUUUCCAAUUCAAGUUGUUUUGUUUUUGUUGUUUUUAAGCAAAGAUGGUCAGCUCAAUAUCUUUCUUGUGUGUCAACUUUAUUAUGAGUUAACUGUCUAAGAGUGGCCAAACCUUCAUUAUGAACAUAGAGUUGGGUCUACCCCUUUGACAAUCAAUAUGGAGCUUCUUGAUUUUAGACUGUAUUUAUUAUUCCAUCUUUGUAUUGCUAUUACAUCUAUUGACAAUCUGCAGCAAACUAUCCAAUAGUUCUGUGUGAUAAUUGACUGAAUGACGUUGGAUUCCUUUGAACUGGAAACACCUGUUGAUUUCUUUUCAUUGUUGUAUUCACUUGAGUGCUUUCAAGGUUCAAGUUAAGAGUUUGGGGGAGGAUGGCUGUGUCUUCCGAGGCUGCGACCAAACGAAGCUUUCUGUCCGUUUUC